UGAAGCGCUCAGCUUUUCGCCGGGCGGGAUUUCCGCAAUAUCAAGGAUGGCGAAGACAUACGAUUAUUUGUUUAAGUUGCUGCUAAUCGGAGACUCAGGUGUCGGGAAGACCUGCGUGUUGUUCAGGUUCUCAGAGGAUGCCUUUAACUCAACAUUCAUCUCCACCAUAGGCAUUGACUUUAAGAUUAGAACAAUAGAACUAGACGGCAAGAAGAUAAAGUUACAGAUAUGGGACACAGCAGGGCAGGAGCGAUUUCGAACAAUCACAACAGCGUACUACAGAGGCGCGAUGGGUAUCAUGCUAGUCUACGACAUCACCAACGAGAAGUCCUUCGAAAACAUCAAGAACUGGAUACGGAACAUAGAGGAGCAUGCAUCGGCUGAUGUUGAGAAGAUGGUCCUUGGUAACAAAUGUGACAUCAACGACAAACGGCAGGUGUCCAAAGACAGGGGAGAGAAGCUGGCGCUGGAGUACGGUAUCAAGUUCAUGGAGACCAGUGCAAAGGCCAAUAUCAAUGUGGAAAACUCGUUUUUGACACUUGCCAGAGACAUCAAAUCAAAGAUGGACACAAAAUUAGAGGGCAGCAGUCCCCAGGGGAGCAGCCACAAGGUGAAGAUCUCUCAGCCCCAGAAGAAGAGCAGCUUCUUCCGCUGUGUCCUACUGUGAGGACCAGACCAAGGGUGUAUCCCAAAUGGCACACUAUUCUAUAUAUAGUGUACUACAUUUGACCAGGCCCCAUAGAGCUCUAGUAAAAAGUAGUGCACUAUGUAGGGGAAUAGGGUGCCAUUUGGGAUGCAUACCAACGGCCUUACCUACCGUCCGCCAGCCCUGCCCUGGCUGGGACACGCUGGGGUGCUGGCUGGCUGGACACAACUGGACUGUGCUUGCUGCCAGCACCCCCUCUCCUUCUUCCCUUCAGCCAGUCCCAAUUCACUCCCUACCUCUUCCCCUUGGCCCUAACCCUUAGAUGUUUGUGUAUCUGAAGUGUUUGAAUAGGUAUAUGCAGUGUAGUGGUGGAGCUUCCACCAUAUUGUUUACACGUUGCAUAUACAGGGAGCUACAACAGUAUUAGGACAGUGACACAUUUUGGCUUGUUUUGGCUCUGUACUCCAGCACUUUGGAUAUUUGUGCGUCUGUCAUUUUUUC